CAGUCUUAGUGGCGGUUGUUACUGCAGCUUUGGAGUCCCUGGGCUGUUUUUGAAUUGUUAAAGCGGAGAAGUGGGAAGGAGUGGUAGUCGCCGCACGGAUACGGAUGUGAGGCUCCCUAACAAGCCCGGGGUGUCCCGCUCUGUCGGGACGACAGCGGUGCCUGGCGCCCCCUCCUCUCCCGCUGCUUCCGUCCCGCUUCGCGCACAGAGUCCGAUGGCGGCGGCCGCACGGAGGCGCCGGGCUAAGGCCAGCGUGACCUUUGAGGAUGUUGCUGUGCACUUCUCCUGGGAGGAAUGGAGGCUGCUUGAUGAGGCUCAGAGACUCCUGUACCUCCGUGUGAUGCUGGAGAACUUUUCACUUAUUUCCUCUCUGGGUUGCUGCUGUGGAGCAGAGGGUGUGGAGGCACCCACUGAACUGACCGUUUGUGUACGAGCAUCACAGGCAAGGAAUGCCAGAGCAGCUUCGUCUGCACAGAAGAGCCACCCCUGUGAGAGCUGUGGACCAGUCCUGAGAGACAUUUUCAGCUUGUUUGAGCAACACGGAACACAGCAGAGCCCCCCACUGCUGAGGUGUGGGGCAUGUUCAAAGCGGUUUCAUUUCAGUGCAAAGUGUCACCAGUACCGGGAGCAGCAUACGAGACAGAAACCCUUCAGAAGUAGUGUGGACAGGGCCUCAUUUGUGAAGAGCUGCAGAAUCCAUGUGUCAGGGAAGCCCUUUACCUGCGGCGAGGUUGAGAAGGACAUCCUGGCCAGCUCAGGACAUCAGCAGCAACAGGACACUCAUGAAGCUCAGGAGCCAAACACAGGCACCCAGCGGGAAGCAACAUUACAAGACAGAAAAAGUCAGUACCCCUCAGAGGAAGGCAAGAAAGCCUUUAACCCCCAACACACACUUAUUCAGGACCAGGCUGUUCAUACUGGAAGACAGAGUUUUGUGUGCAGUGAAUGUGGAAAAACAUUCAGGUACAAAUCCUCAUUUGUCAUGCACUGCAGAGGCCACACUAGGAAGAGUUUCCGUGUGUGUGGUGAAAGUGGAAAAUCGUUUAGUGAAGCCUCGGCCCUCCAUGAGCAUCAAAAAAUUGAUACUGGAGCAAGUCAGUACAAGUGCAGCAAAUGUGGAAAAUCCUUAAGCCUCAAAUCUGUCCUCAUUCAUCCCAAGGGACAGCAAAAUGCAGAAAACAAUUACAUGUGUAGUGAAUGUACUCAGUCAUUUAGUCAUAACUCAGUGUUUAAUCAGUCUCAGAAAGUUCACACUGGAGAAGAACCUUAUGAAUGCAGUGAAUGUGGAAAAUCUUUUAACAUUAGGUGGAAACUGGUUCGACACCAGAAAUCUCACAGACAAGAAAGACCUUAUGGGUGUAGCGAGUGUGGGAAAUCUUUUAAUGAUAGGGGGAAACUUGUUCGACAUCAGAGAAUUCACACAGGAGAAAGGCCACAUAUGUGCAAUAUGUGUGGGAAAUCUUUCUAUCGUCGCUGCAACCUUAAGUAUCAUGAGCGAAGCCACCUAGGAGAAAAGCCUUACAAGUGUGAAUGUGGGAAAGCUUUUACCACUGGCUCGGCCCUCUAUUAUCAUCGGAGAGUUCACACAGGAGAGAGGCCUUAUGAGUGCACUGAAUGUGGGAAGUCUUUUACCUGGAUAAAUGCCCUUCAGUGUCAUCAGAGAGUUCACACGGGAGAAAGACCUUAUGUGUGCGGUGAAUGCGGGAAAUCUUUUACCAGGAUUUAUCACUUUCGUUGUCAUCAAAGACUUCACACUGGAGAAAGGCCUUAUGAGUGCAGUGAAUGUGGGAAGUCUUUUGCCUGGAUCAAAAGCCUGCAUUAUCAUCAGAGAGUUCACAAAGGAAAAAAGCCUAAUGAGUGCAGUGAAUGUGGGAAAUCUACCUGGAACAAAAGCUUUUGUUAUCAUCAGAAAGUUGAUACAAGAGAAAGGCCUUACAAGUGCAGUGAGUGUGGGAAAUCUUUUACCCAGAACAGUAGCCUUCGCUCCCAUCAAAAAAUUCACACAGGGAAACGGCCUUACAAAUGCAGUGAUUGUGGGAAGUCUUUUACCUUCCGCCAAUACCUUUGUAUUCAUCAGAGAAUACACACAGGAGAAAGGCCUUAUGAGUGCAGUGAAUGUGGGAAAUCUUUUGCCUGUCGCAACUCUCUCACUUAUCAUCAGAGAGUUCAUACAGGAGCAAAGCCUUACAAAUGCAGCCAGUGUGGAAAAUGUUUUGCCUGUAGUUCCUCUCUCCGUUGCCAUGAGAGAGUUCACACAGGAGAAAGGCCUUAUAAGUGCAGUGAAUGCGAGAAAUCUUUUACCAGUAGCUCUGCCCUCCGUUAUCAUCAGCGAGGCCACACAGGAGAAAAGCCUUAUAAGUGCAGUGAAUGUGGGAAGUCAUUUAGGGAUAGUUCCCAAUUCAUUGUACACUGGAGAUAUCACACUGGGGAAAGGCCUUAUGAGUGCAGUAAAUGUAAGAAAUUUUUUGUCAGUAGGUCUAAACUUCAUUAUCAUCAGAGAGUUCACACUGGAGAAAAGCCAUAUCAGUGCAGUGAAUGUGGGAAAUCUUUCACCUAUCAUUUCAGACUUCAAAAUCAUCUGAGAAUUCACACUAGAGAAAAGCCUUAAGUGUGCAAUUUUCUGUUCAUGUAAACAACACAGAGGAAAUUCUGUGAAGAGACAUUCGUCUGAAUUGAAACUUUUACGUAUAUUCGCAGAGUGUGGAAAUUUUCUCUCAUUUUCAGUUAGAUGGGAAGUGUUUGUAAAUAUGUCACACUUUCUGACUUGCUCGAGGCUCCUUCUAGGUUGAUCGUGUAGCUGCAUUCUGUGGCUGUAGUUCUUUCACCUUUACCACAGGGCAGGUGCACAGAGUUUGCAUCAUUCAACACCUUAAUGUGCUCAGGAAGCUGAACUCUGGUCUCACGAGUGUUGUAGCAAAAUAGAAAUGACUGGAGCCCUCAGGAAGUCAUCUUUCUCUUUACUAAUAAUUUAGGUAUGGACUGGGUCCUCUGUUGACCCAGAGAAUGUCAUGAGUUCGGCACUCAGGCUUGCAUAGAAAUGUCUACCUAUUCCAGAGAUGUGUUCAUCUCAGAUGAUGUUUUGAUGAGAUCUUCCAGCUUAUGAACUUGGUACAUGCCUUCUUCACAUUGUUUUGGCUUGCACAAUAAUUCAGGACUUAUUUUUAUUUUUUAGGAUCUUAUUUACUUGAUUUUCAAGAAAGGGAAAGAGAGGGAGAGAGUAUUAAUGUGAGAGAGAAACAUUGAUCAGUUGCCUCUUGCACACACCUGAAUGGAGGGACUGAACCGCAACUUAGGCAUGUGCCCUGACUGGGAAUAGAACCUACCACCCUUUGCAUUAUGGGACAACACCUAACCAACUGAGCUACACUGGUCAUGACCAGGCCUUAAUGUUGAAGUUUUAUUUAAAUUUUGGAUAUUCCUUUUACGGGGUAGUUUAUAAACUGAUUCAGGCUCUGAAACUAUGAAGAGGUGAACAAUUUUUUUAGGGUCUCAAAUUUUCUCUGGUUGUAAGUUUUUUUUUUCCCUUACCCACAGCAGAUACCAGAGAUUCUACCAGCACUGUGGAGGGUAUAUCUUUUUCUCAGGUCUACAGAAAGUCAUGUGCCCUGACGUCCACAACUCAUUGGGCUAUAGUAGGGUCAGCGGUUGAAAGAAAAGCUGGGUCCGUGGAAAACCAGAGUUAGUGCCGAAACGGUGGCCUAUUAGGGAUUGGAGGAGACUGCAGCCAGCUAGAUGGAAUGUGCCUCUUCUAAACAUGCACCCAGAAUUGUUUCUGUGAUCCGGACUGCAUGAGUGUCCACAGAUCUGAGGAACGCCAGGCAUCAUUAUCUUCUGUAGAUAUAUUGCUUUUUCUCACAGUGAUAUCUUGCUGACAUCACCAUGAGAAAAAAAAACAAAAGAUUUUGUGGAUUCCCAUAGCUACUCAAUGAAGUCUGCCUCAAAGUUAUUACUACGCAACAGGAAAGGAGAAGAGCUGGGUGGAGGGACCUGUACUCAAGGGUUAUUAUUCUCGAUACAGCAUUCUUGUGGACCGAGGUGCAGAUAUUCAUUACUCACCAUAUUUGAUGCCAUCGAGGUAAUACUGAGCCCUAGAGGGCCUGAGGAAAGAGAUGGUGCAGUCAAUGUAGAGUGGUCAAGCCUAUUUUCCAAAACAAUUGUAAUACAAAUUUUGUUGUAAUCUUGAGUCAUUUUUAAAAUUUCACUACCAACUUACAUGCACUCCCUGCAUAUAUAUAAAGUAUACAAUUUGAGCCCUGGCUGGUGUAGCUCAGUGGAUUGAGCGCUGGCGUGCGAACCAGACAAUCGCGUUUCGAUUCCCAGUCAGGGCACAUGCCUGGGCUGCAGGCCAGUUCCCAGCAGGGGACACAUGAAAGGCAACCAUACAUUGAUGUUUCUCUCCCUCUCUCCUUCCCUUCCCCUCUAAAGAUAAAUAAGUAAAAUCUUAUUUUAAAAAAAUAAAGUAUACAAUUUGAUAAGUUUUGAUGCAGGUAUGAACUCAUGAAACCAUCAUCAUAGUCCUGAUAGUGACCACAUCUGUCUUUCAUUGCUCACCAGCUGCCACUGAGACUGGGCAGACAUUGCUCGGACCCAAGAGCUUGUGGUGUCAAUGUAGAGUUUUAUAGUAUAUUUUCUGAAAAGAGUGGGAAGCUUAGGUGUUUAUUUUGAAUUGUUUUUAACAGGAAGGAAUAAGUGACAUGCAAUAAAACAUGAAAGUUUA